ACGGGUCACGGUGGUCUAGCUAAAUUCUAACACUUUAAUCUGGUGAUGACAAAACCUUGUCCAUUUGCUGUUAUGUUAAACUUAUAUUAAAGUUUUUCUUCAUUACCCAUUCAAGCCGUCUCCAAGCAUUAUUAGAUGAAGAAAAAACAUUAAGGUUUAUACAGACUGUGAGCAUUAAAAACUUCCAACCGGAAAUAAACGUCAUGAAGAGUUCUUUAAAUGUACGAUGCACGACCAAUUUUUGUGAAAGUUGACAUUUUGUAUGUCGAUUCUAAGAAAUGUAAGAAGUGGUUGCAUUUGAAAGGAAAAUAUCACAUUCGAAUUUUGAUUAUUCAAUCAUACAGAAUAGCUUGAUUUUCUGUUGUGGCAGAAGCACUUGUGCAAUCUGAAAGGUUCAUUUUACUUUAAAAGAUGGAAUUUUCAAGUACCGAUGAUAUACAGAAAGAUGCUGCUCUAAUUAGCAGCAGUAGUGCAUCACACUCGCCUAUUUCUCACAGUGUUGUUAGUGACCAGUAUUAUUCUGUCAUGAAGAAGCUGUAUCCAUCAGAUGUUAAAAAAAUGGUAUUUCUCUUGUCUGACAUCUUGCAACAUGAAUUAGUUAAACUGAUUUUGGAGAAUGAAGUUAUUUUAACACCAAUUGAAUUUCAGGACAUUCUUCUCAAGAUUCCAGUAGAAAGGAUAAGAAACAAGGAAACCUUAAUCCGAGAACUUUUAUUUCUUAUUAAAAGAUAUCGUUUGCUUCGAGAAAUUGGCAGUUGUAAGCAUAAAGCCAAGGUGGAAUUCCAUAAAGAGGCUAUAUCAAAGAUUAGUAAGUUCUGGAAAUUCUUGUUUUCUUUGUGUGAAGACCUGGCUGAAGAAGAAGUGAAUUCAUUACAGAAACUGUUGUGCGAAGACCUUAGAGCUGAUUCACCAGAACAAGUUUUUUUUUAUUUGCUGUGUAACAACAUUAUAAAUAACAAUAACCUGAGCCCCCUUGAAAUAGCGUUUGAAAUAUUACAUAAGCCCGAUUUGAAAGGGAGAGUUACAGCAUAUGCUAAUCUUACUUUUAGCUUGGCAUCCUCUUGCCUAUCGUGUACAGAACUGGACCUUGGAGUGAGUGACAUUGCCAUAGCACAGGGUGCUUUGCCAAGAGGCACCAACAUCAUCGUUGCAUUUAGCAGUUAUUGUCAAUUUUACAGAGGCAGGGGUGCCAAAUACAAAGUUUUCACGGACCACAUUUUUGCCUUGUGCUGA